GCGUCCCGGGCCCGAGCGUGCCGACACCGCGAGGCCGGGGUGCCGAGAAGCCGACGCGUGGCCAUGGAGCGGGAGCCCCGCGCCAGGGUUGAGCCGGUGCCGGGGCGGAGCGGCCGCGGGCCUUCCUCCCGCCACCGCCGCCCGGGACUGCUGCUCCCCGGCCUCUGGCUGCUGUUGCUCGCCCGGCCGGCCUCGUGCGCCCCAGAUGAGCUCCCCCUGGAACAGCACAGCCCUUCUUUACACCCUGUGGAAUUCCUGACAGAGACCAGCGUCAUGCACAGUGCUGCACAUGUGGCCUUAACAGAGACUGUUCCAGGGUUCCAGCCAAGCAUGUCUGUCCUUGUCCUGUCCUCUCCACCUGCUACUACUUUUGAUACAGCCUUUUUAAACCACAAACAACAGACUCAAAGUACAGCAGAGCACAGCAUCUUUGAGGCAAAUUAUGGAUCCGUGACAAGUAACGAGAUAGCCAUGGAUGAGGAGAUGGACAACUUUUUGCCAGAUGCCCACUGGACCUCUUCACGAGUGGUUUCCCCAGUGCAGUAUAUCACACUGGGCCCUCUAGAGCCACCCGAGGAGAUGACUCCCAUACUACCCACGGUUUCUCUGCAGGACGAAGUGCUGCCGGGAUGUCAGAGCACAGCGCAACAAGCAACUCUGCGUGUAGAGUCCUCCAGUUACUUCAGCACUUCUUGGUCAGCUUUUGUCACAUCUGAGGGCAUCAUUCCAACUCCCAGUAGGAAUGUGGUGCUUCAUCCUACAGGAAUUCACAGCCAGUUAUCAAGCAAGGCUUUGCCAGAGAUUGUAGCUUCUGUAACAGAGGGUGCAGAAAACCUCCUUUUCAGCUCCUGGAUUUCAGGGUCUCAGCCGCUAGGCAAUGGCAUGACUCAACAGCCAUCUGUUCCCCUGUGGGAGGUCUCACAGCCUCUACUGGGUGUCGUGGCCACCAGCACAGACGGAUACCCUAAUGAGACCACUGCCUGGAGUGGACUUCUAGAAGAAGCCAUUUCUCCAAGAACACACCCCAGUGCAAGCACGUCGCCUACAGACCCUGUUUUCAGCAGCCUACCACCUCCUUCUUUAUUUUCAACCUCACUUUCAUCCAUGUCUUUCACUACUCAGUCACCUGGAGUUUCAGAUAACCCCUUCCUCUCUGACAAGGCCAGGGAAACCUUAGAGUCACCGAACAGCUCCAUGGUCCCCAGUUUCACUGAGCAUCCUCAUGUCCUGAGCCCCAAGGCUUCCCAGGGACCAUACACAUGGUGUGUGUCCUGUGCUGUCUCAUCAUCUCAGCAAGUUGUGGCCAGCAGCCUCACAGAGAAGCCUGUGGAAACAGAGGACAGGCUUGAGACUUCGUCUGUGGCCUCAGAAGCAAGCCGGCUCUCUCCAUUGAGCAGCAUGGGCACAGCCCUCUCUGAACUGGAAGAUCUUCAAGAAUUUAAUACACUUUCCCCUUCCAGACCUGUGGUUUCUCUUUCUUCCAGUUCCGUGGGGCUGUGGCAAGCCAGCAUGGAUAUGUCUCCCGAGGCGGGUAUGAGUGGCAUUAUCACUCAGGUGUACCCUUCGUACGGCCUCCUCUCCACACCAAGCUCACUGGAUUCCACUUUCGGCUUCUCUGCCACCAGUGAUCAAGUGAUGCCAUCCAGUAUAACCCAUCUGUUGUCCUCGGUCAUCACCAGCUCCCAUUUUGACUCAUCUUUCUCCUUGACUACAAGUCAAAAUAUGUCAUCCCUUCCAACUGGAAGCCCAAGCCUUCUCACCUCUCACAAUCUGGUCCCCUCAGUAGAGUCUAAAUUUUUUUCUGACCAAGAAAAAUCUACCAGCUUUCUGGAACUCGAGUCUAGAAGUCUUUUGGAUUUCCCUUCCAGCUUUUACUCAACUCCACCCCUGGACUCCAGCACUCCGGCCCCUUCACGGUCAGACGAUCUUGCUUUUCCAUCUUUGAUGUCAAGCGAUCCAUCAACCUUCUUUUCUCAAACUCUUCCCACCAUGGCUGAGACAUUGUCAUUGUUCAACUCUAUCAGUUUGCAAUCACCUCAGCUUUCUGUUCUUAAUGCCCCAAGUCUAGAGCCGUCUCAGCUGUGGUCAAGUUCAGACCUUCUUUUGAAGACAGUCACUUUUCUUCCUACUCACUCUGAAAUGCCCCCACUUUCAAGCUCUCCCUCUGAGUCUCUCAAGUUCGCCAAAGCAUCGAGAGUUUCACUGGUAGAGUCCGAUGUUCAUCUUACCUCAGCUUUCUCUGAAACUACCUCUGCCUUUGAAUUUUCACCCAUUCCUCAUAAACCCACAGACAGCACACUGGUGCCCUCCAUCUCUGAGCCCACCCUUGGCAUUUCCACAGCUGGGACUCACUUCAUAUCACUGCCAACUGUUUUCUAUUUGACACCCAUUUUAACUGAGUCAUCUCCAUUCUUGACUCUGACACUCUCUGAUGGCAGCGUGCAUGCGACAGAUCAUCACACUCCUGUUUUAACCACGUCCUCCAGUGUCAUAGCGACCAGUACAGAGUCGAUCUCUGAUCCAUACCUGUCAGCCUCCUCAUCACUUGCUUCCGAAGUAAGCCCUUCACCUCUGCCCACAAAGCCAGUCAUGGGCUCAUCAUUGACACUCACAGAUUUACCACCCAGUACGUCCCCAGAACCAAGUACAUCCCCGGAACCAAGCAUGUCCAACACCAGCACUGCCCCUGGUGAUACUGUGGACUCUGCUCCGAACAGCGAGCCUAUGAGUCAGAACCCUCAGGGGAACAGUGUACCCCCUCCCCAACCCUCCCUCGGUCCUGUAAGCACCUCCACGCUCGAAGCCACAGUUGGUACACCAGCACUGGCCACAGCCAAGCCGCCAUAUGUGUGUGAUAUUACAGUUCCCGAUGCCUAUUUGAUCACAACUGUGCUGGCCAGGCGAGCUGUGCAGGAGUACAUCAUUACAUCAAUCAAGGAAGUGUUGAGAAUUCACUUCAAUCGCGUGGUGGAGCUGAAGGUUUAUGAACUGUUCACAGACUUCACUUUUCUGGUAACAUCUGGUCCUUUUGUUUACACGGCGAUAUCAGUCAUUAAUGUCCUCAUCAAUAGCAAACUUGUUCGUGACCAGACUCCUUUAAUCUUGUCUGUGAAACCAUCGUUCCUCGUGCCAGAUCCCAGGUUUCAAGUUCAAACAGUACUGCAGUUUGUGCCUCCAAGUGUGGAUACUGGCUUCUGUAACUUCACCCAGAGCAUCGAGAAAGGCCUGAUGACAGCGCUCUUUGAAGUGAGGAAGCAGCAGGGGACUUAUAACCUCACAGUGCAGAUUGUGAAUGUCACCAUUGAUGCUUCGAGGGCGACUUCCCGGAGGGGCCCAGUGAAUAUUAUCUUUGCUGUUAAAGGCAUGCAAGGUUUUCUGAAUGGGUCGGAGGUGAGCGAUCUGCUCAGGAACCUGACAGUGGUGGAGUUCAGCUUCUACCUGGGGUACCCGGUGCUGCAGAUCGCGGAGCCCUUCCAGUACCCACAGCUCAACUUAUCUCAACUGCUGAAGUCCUCUUGGGUCAGAACAGUCCUUCUGGGUGUAGUGGAGAAGCAGCUCCAUAAUGAAGUGUUUCCAGCUGAGAUGGAGCGCAAGCUGGCCCAGCUUCUCAGUGAGGUGCCCACCAGGAGACGAAUGUGGCGGAGGGCCACCGUGGCCUCUGGGAACAGCGUGGUACAGGUGGUGAACGUGUCCCGGCUGGAGGGUGAGGAUGAUCCAGUGCAGCUCAUCUACUUUGUGGAGAAUCAAGAUGGAGAGAGACUCAGUGCCGCCAAGUCUUCAGAUCUGAUCAACAAGGUAGACCUCCAGAGAGCAGCCAUCAUCUUGGGGUACCGGAUUCAAGGCGCCAUUGCCCAGCCUGUGGACAGGGUGAAGAGGCCAUCCCCGGAGUCACAGAGCAGCAACCUAUGGGUCGUGGUUGGUGUGGUCAUCCCAGUGUUGGUGGUCACUGUGAUUGUUGUCAUCCUCUACUGGAAGCUGUGCCGCACAGAUAAGCUAGACUUCCAGCCGGACACGAUAGCCAACAUACAACAGCGACAGAAGCUGCAGAUUCCCAGUGUGAAAGGCUUCGAUUUUGCUAAGCAGCAUUUGGGUCAGCAAAACAAAGAUGACAUACUGAUUAUUCACGAGCCAGCACCACUGCCAGGACCUGUGAAGGACCACACCACACCCUCUGAAAAUGGAGAUGUGCCGAGCCCAAAGGCAAAGGCCCCUCCCAAGAACACCCGACACAGAGGACGAAUUUCCCCCUCAGAUGCCGACUCUACAGUCAGCGAGGACUCCAGCGAGAGGGAUGCAGGAGAGAAGAUGCCAGCCACUGCCCAGGAGAGCAAGGCCCACAGAGCUCUGCAGAGCGGUGCCCCGCUGCCCAGUUCAGGCAAUGAGCAGCAUUCCUCGGCCUCCAUUUUUGAGCAUGUGGACAGGAUUUCCCGAACCUCAGAGGCCAGCCGCCGGGUUCCCAGUAAGAUCCAGCUUAUUGCCAUGCAGCCCAUCCCAGCCCCCCCAGUGCAGCACCCUGUCCUGGCCGACCGAGUGGCAGAGACCAACAAAAUCAACAAGGAGAUCCAGUCUGCGCUGCGCCACAAGUCAGAGAUUGAGCACCAUCGCAACAAGAUCCGCCUGCGAGCCAAACGCCGAGGCCACUACGAGUUUCCUGUGGUAGAUGACCUGUCUUCCGGUGACACCAAGGAGCGACACCGAGUGUACCGAAGGGCACAAAUGCAGAUUGACAAGAUCCUGGACCCCGCAGCCAGUGUGCCGUCUGUGUUCAUAGAGCCCAGGAAGAGUUCAAGGAUGAAGCGUUCUCCCAAGCCACGCCGAAAACACCAGGUCAACGGCUGUCCCGCUGAUGCCGAGAAGGACAGACUCAUCACCACAGACAGUGAUGGCACGUACAAGCGGCCCCCGGGUGUGCACAACUCUGCCUACAUUGGAUGUCCGUCUGAUCCUGACCUUCCGGGUGAUGUGCAGACCCCGUCCUCUGCUGAGCUGGGCAGGUAUCCUGGACUGCCCUUCUCUGCCUCUCAGUACAUCCCACCCCAGCCAUCCAUUGAGGAGGCCCGCCAGACCAUGCACUCACUUCUGGAUGAUGCCUUCGCCCUUGUGGCUCCCAGCAGCCAGCCUACCAACACUGUGGGAGCAGGUUCCGGGGUGCCAGCAGGCCUGCCUGUGAAUAGCACCCCUUCCAGGGAAGAAAGGCGAGCCACACAGUGGGGGUCUUUCUACAGUCCAGCCCAGAUGGCCAACAACCCCUGCAGCAGAUAUGAAGACUAUGGGAUGACACCUCCAUCUGGCCCAUUGCCAAGCAGACCUAGCUUUGGCCCAGGGUUGCUGCCGUCUUCAGAGUUGGUCCCCCCUGAGCCCCCACAGCCACAGACGUCAGCUGAUGCUCCAUUUGCUGCCCGAGGUGUUUACUCAGAGGAGAUGCCAUCGGUGGCCCGGCCUCGGCCUGUUGGGGGUACUACAGGGUCCCAGAUCCAGCAUCUGACCCAGGUGGGAAUUGCAAGCAGAAUCGGGGCCCAGCCUGUGGAAAUUCCUCCUGGCAGAGGCAGCCAGUACGGGGGACCAGGCUGGCCUGUGUACGGGGAGGAGGAGGCAGGACGAAGAGAAGCUACCCACAUGCUUGGACAUCAAGAGUAUUCUUCUUCACCGCUGUUUCAGGUGCCAAGGACUUCGGGCAGGGAGCCCUCAGCCCCUCCAGGGAACGUCACCCACCGAGGGCUGCAGGGCCCGGGGCUGGGCUACCCCACCAGCUCCACAGAGGACCUGCAGCCUGGCCACUCCUCUGCCUCCCUCAUCAAAGCGAUCCGAGAGGAGCUCCUGCGGCUCUCUCAGAAACAGGGCUCAGUACAGAGCUUCCACAGCUGAUCAGCCUCCCUUGCAGGUUUGCCAAGUAUCUGCUUCCUGUGGAAGCAAGACCAAAAGGAAAUCAACUGAGUGGGUGUCUGCAAGAGCCGGAAGCAGCAUCUCCGGGCAAGCUGCCCAAGGAAGAGAACAAGUUGCAAUUUUAGAGGAUGCCGUAAAGUCACACAGACAACUCAUGGGACUUUUACUGGCUUGGCGAUUUGGUGACCACUUUGGUUCAGUCAAAAUGUGUGUACUUCAGGCCAAAAGCCAGCACUUCACACACACACACACACACACACACACAAACCAAAACACAAACCUAAGCUAACAAAAAUGCUAAGUUAGUUUUCUCUUUCAAAGGCAAGAGGUUAAAACCUAUAGAUGGUUAGGGAUGGAUGGGGCAGCACUUCCUUGGGAACCUGACUGGCACGCGCAACACCCCACUGCUGUUUCCUGAGAAGAGAGAUUUCAAGACAUUUUAGUAACAGCUUGAUCCCUCUUUUCCUUCAUAGGAACUUAUUUUAAUAGUAAUAUUAACACAACAUCCUGGGACUGUUUGGUAAUCUUAAAGAGCUACUAGUGAGAAACCUAAUGGUAGGUUGUGGAGCCUGGUGAUUUCAAACAAAGCCAUCGCCUGCGUUCUUUCUCCUUCUUCUGGUGCUACAGCUCUGAGGGCCCUUCACCUUUCUGCCUGUGAAUACAACCGUGGCUUUUGCAGUAGAAGAGUAUGUUGGCGGUUUUAUUGUGUUCUGGGUGGGGGGAAGAAAAAAAAAAACUCCUGCACUGAGGAGGGGGAAGCUUAGUAUUUAUUUGCUUAUUCAAAAUACAUAUCAGACUUUAAGAUUUCCAGUCUUAGUUGUAUUUGCUGUUUAUUUGUUGGGCUCACCCAACUGUUGGUGACAUGUCACUGCGUCUCAGUGAGGUCCAUCCUAUAGAAGGAAGCUGUUGGGAGGUCCUAACUGCCAGGUCCUUGUACUUCACUGACAAUUUGCUCACAGGUUGUAUUUGAAUGAGGUGUCUUGGGGAAGCAGACAUUCUCUUUGAUGGUUGUUAGGACCACCCAGUUGCCCUGAAUGUACCCAGUAGAGUCAGGUUCCCUGAGUUCCAGGCUGGCAGUGGACCUUUGUUCCUGUCAUCCUCUGACAACUGAACAAACACAGAGUUUUGAGACAACAAAGGAAAUGAGAGUUUCCCCCAUUUUUUAUUUUGCUAUUAUUUCUUUGUCUGAAAACUGUCUCAUUCACUUUAGGCCAGAGAGCGGUCAUCUCACAGUGCACUUCUGAAGUCACAUUGCUCAGCCUCUGACUCCAUGUCAUUCUGUACUCUGAUGCCUGAAUGAAACUCCGGGAAAUUGCAGGCUAACGGGAGUCUUAAGCCUCUUUAUUAGAUGAAUGAAUACUUUUGAUUGAACAGCAGAUGAUGGGGUAGAGUUUAGGGAGCUCGGCUUAAGUUUCACGAACUUGGGAACAGCUACACAAGCACCCAGACUGUAGUCAUGGCUGCAGUAUUGGUUCUGCCCUUCUCAGUCAGUCUCAGGACACAAGGACACUGGAAACUGGUGCAGCCAGCACUUCCGUGUACACUCCAGCUGAGAAGGUGUACGGGGAGGGGCGGGGGGACCCGCAGGCACUCUGUAGAGCACGCAGGAAGAGGCCCCUCUCUGGGCUUAUUUGUUAGUCUUGAUUUAAUACUUACCUUCCUAAGCUGGAAAAUCUUCUUUCCAAGCCACUCAAACAACCAAGUCUCAAAUAUCCAGGCAGAAUUUUAGUGUGACACUGUGUGAGAGAUCCAAGUCAUAAAACACACAGAAUAAAUGGCCCUUUCUCAGCCCGUGUCAUGAGUGUUUUUGGAGAUAGAGUGUCCUAAAAAAUGAUCACCUCCUUUGUACUCUGCCAAAAUGAGUCUCGGUGUCAGAGGAUGUGACGACAACAGCAAUUUCGAUGCCUUUGAAAUUGUCAUAAAGGGAUUCUACCUGUAUUUUUACUCUUAGAAGAGAUACACCCAUACACCUUUAAACAGGUGUCACAACCAAAGGUAGGGUGUAGUUUGCACUCGGGCCCUUUGGGAGCGUCAGUGCUCAGUUGUUGGUUACUUAAAGCACACUCGGUUUGCACUCCUUUCCCCUAAACACCCUGCACAGCAGGUGUACCACACUGAAACUGCUGUGGGAUAGGCCAUGUCCAGCAGGCGUCCAGUCAGUCAUCCAGUGUGCUCCCCUGAAAAAGGUCCUGCUCAACGUGUGUAACUUUGGUGUUCCACAUACUAAAGCACCCCAAAAUGAAAAGUUUAAUGCCUGUCCUUUUCUCCUAAUCUUAGGAGGUCCUUUGAGAAACACAAACUGCAAAACUUGAGUCAGAAUUUUAGGACAGAGUGCUUGGAGAAGUGCUUUUUUUUUUCGGUCUCCGUAGUUGCUAAUUUCUUGUGUCCAGUUCCUUCUGUAUGUCAUUCUUGUUAUCAACAAGACCAUAUCCCCCCACCCCCCAACACACACACCUCAUAGGAUCUUUGCUUCUAAAAAUCAAGUGUGGUCUGCUUGCAGACACCCUGGAGGAGGAGACUCAGUCACUGUGAACAUGUAAGAGGUCGUUUGUGUGAAUGUUGUGACAUGGAUAAUGUGCUGUGCUGUGAUCUGCCAGUGUCUGGGGUCACAGGUAGGUUAUCAGAACAAAACUGAAUGCCCAGCAUGACUGCUGCUACUGCUGUUUGCUUCAGACUUACCACUUCCUUUGUCAGCGUCAAAGGUCACCCGUGAAGCAUUGUUUUUGCUCCUGACUUUCUGCAGUUUCUAACACUAAAUAGGUCACCAGACACAAGCCUUGUCUUCCAAGAGAUCUUAGAAUCUAAGCUGGCUAGUACAGACAGGCGUAAAAAGAUGGAAGCUGUAGAUAAGCAAGGUGUCUUAGGUAGCCAUAAAAUGCGAAGGACACGGGUGUGUUGGAUAUUCAGAAGUCACAGAAGUUGUGUGUUUGGGAUAGAUGAGAUUUUACAGGAGAAGCCACUGUGAUGUUACU